AUGACAAAAAAAGACAAGACACCCAAAGUAGUGUUGCGAACCUAUCGAGAGACAGACCAGGAGCAAGUUGACUAUUUAUUCUGCAGUACUUGUGUCCCAUUAGUUUAUGAAAGCAUUAGAAGAAAACUUUGGGCACCAGCUACUUGGCUUGUCUGGUUUGGUGUAUAUUCUGGUCUUCUUUACUGCAUUCAACUCAUCCUUUCAUACUUUCAAUUUUCUGAAUGGGUCAUAACAGCUGCUAAAGUACUGGCUACCUUUUCAUGGGCCAUGAUUGGUUUCAGCGCGAUAUUUAUUGUAUCAGAUAGAGUAGAUCUUACUUCAUAUAUAGAAGAAGCCAGAACCAACGAUCUCUUUGAUCCUGACUUGUAUUAUUUAAAUUACACCGUUCAAGGCGAAACAAAGGAACGAAAGCCUACUGAUCAGCAAGAACCUUCUCACUUUUGGGUCUUGACUGUAGACGAUGAAGUGUGUGGCAUGAUUGGCCUAAUUUGCAACGAACAAGAGAUAAAGGAUAGACGAAACAGCUUCCCCGUACCAUGGAAACAAUUCACUACUGCUGUCUUCGAAUUGCUUCGUUUGCCCGUACCUACAUGGAUGGAGAAAAGACGACAGGGAGAGCGACAGUUUAUGGAUAAACAUGUUCCAAGAACAGCCACUGUUACCAGAUGGGCCAUACGCUCUGACUUGCAAGCCUGUGGCCUUUCCACGUUGCUUUUAAAUAGAGCCAUGACGUGGGCAAAUGAACAUGGUAUCAAUAGAGUCUACGCUCACGUAAAUUCAUAUCAUAUGGCUGCAGAACAAAUCCUUGAAAAGAGACAUGGAUUCGUGACAAUGUACAAGUACGACCGCAACUUGUUUGGAAAGUAUACCAAAGUGCUUGGAUGCAGAGUACAAGAGUGGAUGACAACGAAUGGAGAAAAGACGAGAGCAUCAUUUAAAAAACUAAAUAAAGAAUAA